UUUAGUAGAAAUGUCAACCUAUCAACAGCAAACCUCUUCACAACAAUAUUAUACUCAUUAUCGGCAUUUGUCACCUAUUGGAACUCUUGCUUUGGGCUCUGGUAAUAAUAAUGGUAUAGGUUCACAUGAUCCCAUAUAUAAUGCCAAUCAACAAACUUCAACAAAGGCUGGAAAUAAGUCUUUAAUUGUGUCAUCGGGAGUUGACACAUCAGUGGAUGCUUUUGCUAAUAGAACUUCGACUACACCUACGAUCAGGUCACCAAUACAAAAUCCUCAAGAUCUCGUACCUGGAAAAUCACCGUAUUCUUAUGCAACUUUGAUUGCUUGUGCAAUUAAAAAUUCUUCUGAUAAAAAACUCACAUUAAAUGAAAUUUACAAUUGGAUUGCGAAUAAUUAUCCUUACUAUUAG